AUGAAGACGCUUACAGUAACUGUCUCGUCCUCUCGGCCUCCCCCUGGUAAGUGGUUUUGUGCACAGAGCCUACGAUUGAAUGUUAUUCAUUGCCAAAGAAAAAAAUCCCCAGAAGAUUAAUUUUGAACUUUUCGAUUUCUCCGAUCUUUUGAAGAGCUAUCGUAAAAACAUCCUAAACACUUUGCCUUGUUACGCUGCUUUGAAGGGAAGUUUACGUAUUGUUACAAGCUUACUUUGAUUUUGUUGAGAACUUUGCAUCUCAAGAUCGAAUCGUGAUCAUUCCUACGAGAUAAGGAAAUAAUCUAAAAAUCUGCUGAAUUCAAGAUCGCUCUUUUUUUUCUACGAAAGGUGAUUAACCAUUAUUUUUAAAGUUAUUUGAAUUUCCCUAAACCCCUCGGUAUCGUUACGGAAUCGACCAAAAAAUUGUAUCAUUACCUUAGAAUUAUCACAGUGCUAGUUCAUUAUUAGCUUCAUAAAAUUGAAGACAGUUUGAAAUGAUCAGUAAUUUUAAGUUAACGCAUUAUUCGGAGCUCAAACUCGUACAUUUAAAACUCAAGACUCCGCACUUUAAAAAAACAUCGAUAUUUUUAUCUCAAGGAAAGGGAAACUCAUUUCAAUAUCACCAAUAGUGACAUUCCAUUAUUUAUAGUUAAUAUCACCAUUUAUAUUGCAUCACCUCAUUAGCCAAAUACUUCAGCAUCCCCUCCACCCCCCUUCCCCCCAAAAUUAGAAAAAAAGUGAUCAGAGUGUCCUUUAUCAAUUUACAUCUUAGACAGAGUGAAAUAAUAUGAAUAUGUGCAUGUUUCCUUUUCUUUAGCAGUCAUAUUUUGUAUAGAAUUAAGCACUUGUUUACAGUAGUAAGCCCUUUCACACUCACAAGUGAUUAGCAUGUAUUUUCUCCUUGCCAAAAGGAUAACUCUAUCAAGCCAAUAGGUGGUGAGAAUGUAGAUACUUAUUGGCGAGAGAGCAUAACUCUGAUAUAAUGCCAGAGAAUAACUUGAUAUCAGAUCUUGGAAAAAAAUGAUAAGGUUGGUUUGGUGUUCUCCUCACACUCUUACUAUACGAGCCAAGCUGUUUUUUUGAUAACUUUUUGUAUUUCUCUUUUGCCAGUAACACUUCUUACUGUUGAGCAUCUUAAGGAAAAAUGUCCUGUGACAGUAGAGUGGGGUGAGAAUACGUCUCUCAGGAUCUCCAAGUAAGUAUGUCAUGAUAUACAAGGUUUAACCCUUUCACUACCAUGAGUGACCAAGACAGAAUUUCUCCUUAGAAUAUCAGUACAACAUCAAGUAUGAAAGUGAUGAGAAUAAAGAAAAAUAUCAGUCAAGUUAGGGAUUAUUAGUUGAUCCAAUACCAUAGUUAAUGAACAUAAAUCCAGUACUUGGAUGCAGCGCCCAAUUUAAGCUUCACUUCUAGUGGAAUAAAUGUGUUUUAUCUGUUAAAAUGGAGGAGUUUAAAGGAGUAGUUGGCUCAGGAAAAAGGGUCUUCAAGAGAGUCACAAUUGCUCACUGUGCCUUUUCUAAAAAAGUUAAUGAACAUAAAUCCAGUACUUGGAUGGGGCAUUUGAGCCCAAUUUUGGCCCCAGAGGUGUGAGGGGUGGGGGGAGGGGAAAAAACCAAUCCUAGUAAGUUCAAAUGUCCAUGGGGUAGCCAGUAGAAUGUUGAAGCUUCAACUUGAUUAAUGCAUUACAUAAUACCAUGGAGUGACAGGGCUGCUUCAUAAAAACUUAAUUCUAGACACUUUCAAGCUCUACUGAGAUGACAGCAGAUUUCUUUUUAAAAAAAAAUUUAAUCUGAUCAUACUUUAUUUCACAGUGACCUAAUACUGAGCAGUGAUCAUUCAAUUGCAAGAUAUUUGGCUCGCAAGUAUCCUGCCCUGGGUCUGUAUGGAAAAGAUACACUUCAAGCUUCAGAGGUAAGGGCAAUCUGAUUGUUACCUGUAUCAAGGUCUGGAAUAAUGACAAGCUUGUCAUCCAUGGCACUGAAGGUUGACCAUAGGCAUCAGGAUUGUGAUCAUUAUGGUAGAAAUUUGGAGGGACAUUAAAUGUUCUAUGAAAAAUCAAUGAUUACAGAACAAAAGUUCUGUCUUUUUUUUCCAUUUCUUGUUUUAUACUGCCUUCAAGUGAAUGUUUUUGAGUAAAAAUAGGGGGUAUGCUUUGAGCAGAGAAUACAGCCCUAGUAUUGUAUUUUCUUGAAUAAGCGCCCAUGUGCUAUUCAAUUUUUUUUGGUUAAAAGGAGGGGUUCUUAUUGAAAGGAAGGCACUUAAUCGAGGGGGCUUAUUAAGAAACUUUUAACCUGCACUGAUUCAGCUGUAUUGAAGCUUGAAAAGUUAUGAAUAAAGUGGUAAUAGAAACAUAGUUUCCUUGUAUCCACAGUUAGAAGGGGGCUGCCUAUUGGGAGGGGUGCUUGUUUGACAUUAUGUCAUAGAGUGUGGGUGCUUAUGUGGCAGAGAGUCCUUUAUAAGGUGUUGGUGCUUAUUUGGGGAAAUACUGUCUGAUGCAUUUUGAUGUUUUACCUUUAAGAGAAAUUUUUAAAAUUAGUCUCUUUUUGGUAAUCAAAUUUAUUGCUUCAUCUGAAGUUCAAGUGUAAUUGCAACUUGUGCUCAUGUGAAAAAAAAAAAUUGCUUCCAUUCUGGGUGAUUUCCUAUUUACAGGUAAAUGCAAACCCAGUAGAAUAUGCGCACAAUGAUGUCUCAUGAAAAUCAAAUCGUCUUUAGGUUGACCACUGGCUGGAGUUUAGUAUAAAGUCUGUGGAAAACCAGAAGACACACAGCAAGGCUCUUGAGUCCUUAAACAAGAGCCUUGCACCAGUUGCAUUCCUUGUUGGGCACUCUGUGACACUAGCUGACUUUGCUGUGUGGGGUGCAUUAAAAGGUGUGAAAAUUCUUAGUUGUUAUUUCCUUCUUUUUUUUUAAGAGCAUUGUUGAAAAUGAUAAUUAUUGACUUAAUUUUCAUGUAGAUGCUAUAAGCUAAAAUAGGGGUUUCAAAAUUAUUUGAAGUGGGCAUCCCCAGACUCUGAAAAAGUAAGUGACUGUGAUAAGUUAAUUAACCCUUUCACUUCCAAGAUCUAAUUAGUAGUUCUCCUUACUAUCUUCCAUACAAUUCUUAUGAUGUUAGUUCAGAGAAUUUGGUAUUGGAUCAACUAAUAAUCCCAUCAUUGAUAUUCUUCUCUAUUCUCAUCACCUGCCUGCUUGAUAUUGUAUUGAUAUUGUAAGGAGAAAUUCUGUCUUGGUCACUUGUGGGAGUGAAAGGGUUAAGAGCCAAAAGGUAAUUAUUUUGUCCAGAAUAACUGGAGACAUGUUGUCAAGUGGCCAGCUAAACUCAGGCAUUUGCCGGCUUGCUUCCUGACUUAUGUGGGCAUUUGAUUGGUUUUUGCUUAUGAUUAUGCACAUUUUUCGGUUUUAGUACAGUGUUAGAAGUCUGGGGAUAGUAUGUAUCUCAUAAAAGAUGUUAUAGCAAUCAUUAAAGAGUUUGUGAGUGACAGUUUCUCUCUGUUUGUUGGAAUUGCAGGAUCACUGGCUUUGGCACAAUCGUUAUAAUUAUAUUCUAAGUGAAGUGUCUAUGAGUUCACCAUAAUGUCACUUUGAUUCUUGCUUCCAUUUCUUAUACCCUAUUCCUCUAGAUCCUCCUCCCAAUCUUACCUUUCACCUACUCCUUUCUCUUAUGUACUCCUCUCCUGACCCUCCCACUAGCUAGCUUCUAUCUCUCUACCACCCUUACCUUCUCAAUUCCCCUCGUUCUCCCUCCUCUUCUUUUCUGUCUAGUUCUCUCCCUCGUCACUUCUCAGCAUCUUACCCCAUUUCCCUCCUUCCUCCCCUUCCCUUGCCAUCAUCUAACCCCAUCUUCCUCCUCCCUCCUUCCUCCCUCCUUCCUCCUUCCUCCUUCCUCCUUCCUCCUUCCUCCUUCCUCCUUCCUCCUUCCUCCUUCCUCCCUCCUCCCUCCUCCUUCCUCCUUCCUUCCUCCUCCCUCCUCCUUUCUCCUUCCUCCCUCCUCCCUCCUCCCUCCUCCUUCUUCUGUCCUCCUUCCGUCCUCCUUCCAUCCUCCUUCCUACUUCCUACUUCCUCCCCUUCCCUGCCCCUACUUUUUCUAUUCUCCCUUCCUCCUUACACCACUUUCCUAUUGGCUCCUUCUUCCCUUGAAUGUUCUUUGCAACAUGGAUAUAACUAUGACCCAAGCCUGCGUAUUAUAAAAUGAUUAAGUUCACUUUGUUGCUCAAACUUUUCAUUUCUUUUCAGUGAAGGGCAAAGUUGAAACCCUGAGCCAACCAGGUUGCAAUUUUGAGCACAUCGCCAGAUGGUUGACAUUUUGUGGAGCCCAGCCACCGUUCUGCAAUGUUUCAGACAAACUUCCAAGUCAGACUCAAACUGAUCCUUCUCAAUUGGGUGUAAGUGUUUUAUAUUGUGCAAACUUGAACACUCUUGACAAUGACAAAUUGUACCAUCAGUUGUAUCUUUUGAUGUAUUUACAAUCUGCAGAAUCAACGGUAAGGUUAAAUUACUGGGCAGCAGUAAAAGAUUAUUAAGGGUAAUUUAGUGUUAUAAACUGAGUUGAUAAUGUAAACAACUAGACUGUGUCUUGGUUUCUAUAGCAGGAAGUAACUAUCAGUAUAUGCUGUUCUUCCUGGUUGAGAUGCUACAGUAACUGUAAUUUAUUACAGGUAGCCCUUGGCUAGCAAUACAUAAAGUUUCCCAAAGAGUUUCCCAAGUUCAGCCAAUCAUGCAGAGACCUUGAGCGUGAAUCUGAAGUUCAUGAUAACUCAUAAAUUUGAGUUUGACAAAUUAAGACAUCAAUAUUUUAUUUGAGCUUUUUUGAGCUUUUGGUGCAAUAAUUUGCCAAUGUUCCUUACAUUUAGACAAAAAUGAAGUCAGAAGGCAAGUAUGUCAAUCUUCCUGGAGCAUCCCAGGGAAAUGUGGUGACAAGGUUUCCACCUGAAGCUAGUGGGUAAGUUCAGAAUUGUGUUCACUUUGUAUUUUUCUUGUAGAAUGUUUGUGUUUCUUUUUUUGUUUAUUUUUUUUUAAUUCUUCUCUCUAGCUGCAACACAUUUCAAUGUAAAUUAGUUAUGAGAAUUUGGUGUUAGAUCAAGAUAAAAACUUGUUCCUGAUGAGGUUGAGUAAUUUCUUAUUACCUUUUUGCUGCAAAAUGUAUAGAUAUUAGAGGGAGAAGUUGCAUGUUGGUCACUUCUGGGACAGGUUUAAAAGCAUUAUGGUAAAGUGGAACUGAAUCACUGGCUGGGGGUGGCUUGGGGAAAAAUUACAGCUGGGUGUAUGUGUUUUGUUUUACGAAAAUUUGAAACACAGUAUUGUUUAUGGCAAUUAGGCUCAGGAGGAAAUCCAUGAGCUACAAUGGACAUGCAAUAGUCCAAAUGAAAAAGAGCUAGUUUAAGGAAAUGAAGUAGGAAUUGAACUAUUGACUCCUUGAGUCCAACACUCAUGUUUCUCAUAUUUUUCAAGCACAUUGAAGUGGGUUUAAAAACCAUGUUCAUUCUGAAAACAUGGUGGCAAUUGCAGUAUGAAACUGCACCUGUCAGAGUUGUACAGAAAGUGUAUUAUUUUUAAAUGCUUUAUCCUUCUCUAAUAAUUUUUUCACAACCAUUAACAUUGCAUAUUUUAUUCCAGUUAUCUUCACAUUGGCCAUGCUAAAGCUGCUUUGUUAAAUCAGUAUUACAAGAACAUGUAUGAUGGCAAAAUGAUCAUGAGGUUCGAUGAUACCAACCCUGCUAAGGAGAAUGCUGAAUUUGAGAAGGUCAGUAUUCAUUGAGAUUUUAAGGACAGCGCAAGAUUUCUCUCAAUGUCAUCUUUUGGCAACUGUAGAGAACAACUCCCUGGGAAAAAAAAAAACCUAAACAAAACAUGUCGUCACACAGUUGGUUUCUUUUGGCAGACAUACGGCUGUCAGUUCUAAGCACACCUGUAAGCCCACAGUCGGUAAUCUUUUGGUUAUCUGUCGGUCCCGGGUCGUGUGGGUAAACUUUUAUGUAUGUGGAUGGAAUUUGUAUAAGUAUGGUCAGUAGGCCGAAAUUUUUAAGGUUUUUUCAUUUGUUAUAAAGAAUAGUUCGAAAAGCUUUGAAAUCACUCCGUCUUAAAGCAGGUAGACUGAACUCCAACGAAGGUAUCGCUAAAGCACAGUGAACCGAUAGCAAGACCCAAAAUAGAAUCGUUUAUUCUCGACCCUCAAUUAAUGAAUGAUGGCGUAUUUUAAUUACAUUUAUUUUUUGGCUAGGUCAUUCUGGAAGAUCUCAAAAUGUUGAAGGUCAAACCGGAUAUGUUCACGCACACUUCAGACCACUUUGACACAAUCAUGACGUUUGCUGAGAAGAUGAUCAGAGACGGAAAAGCUUAUGCGGAUGACACUGCUGCAGACAAGAUGAAGGAAGAGAGAGAACAGCGUAUCAAGUCUGCCAACAGGGAUAACUGUGAGUUUUGUAAUAUUGAAUUUAGAAAUAUUGUCAUGCAGCAUUGUUUUCAUCGUUAUGAACGAACAGAGUAACGCACACGAAUGAGAGAGUGCUGGCACGAACGAACAAAUUCAGGCACGUGCGCUCGCAUGCACGCAUGCACGCACAAACGGACCAAUGGUUGCUCCGAUGCUCUACCUUUAAGUAACAGAGAUCUCUGUAGUGUGCUAGGCCACCAUUAGGUUCACACAUCCGACACACGUCCUCCAUACUUCUUGGGAAAAUGGCUCAUCUUGGUCGUCGAAUUAAAAAAUAACAAUGAUGUUACUUCGCUUUGAGAUACUCACAUAACCACAACAAUACUUAUUUCUCGUUGUCUCUACAUUUCACUUUACUGUAACUCUCAUUUGUUGGACUUAUUUAUUCCAUUUGCAAUUGCUUUCUCAGCGGUAGAGAAGAACCUUGAAAUUUGGGAAGAGAUGAAGAAAGGAACAGAGUAUGGCCAAAGAUUUGCUCUAAGAGCCAAGCUUGAUUAUCAGUCAGAAAAUGGCUGCAUGAGAGAUCCAACUAUUUAUCGAUGUAAGCCAGAGGAACAUGUGCGAACUGGAACAAAAUACAAGUAUGGCCGCCUUUUUUCCUUUUCUGUGCGUUCCCUCAGCUUUAUCCUUUUAACCCUCUAACUCCUAAGAUCUGACUACUAAUUCUCCCCUUUAGCUGCUACACUUUUCAUUGUGAAUCAGUUAGGAGAAUUUGGUAUUAGAUAUAGGUCACAACUUCUACCUGAUAAAUUUGAGUAUUCUCACAACCUGUUUGUUGGAUAAUGAACGGAUAUUGUAGGGAGAAGUUACAUGUUCGUCACUUCUGGGAGUUAACUCCCACGAGUGACCAAGAGAGACUUUCUCCUUACAAUAUCAAUACAACAUAAAGCAGAAAAUUGAUGAGAAUAAAAAAAAUAUCAGCAAGGGGAUUCUUAGUUGAUCUGAUAGCAAAUUAUCAGAACUAACAUCAUAACGCAUGACGACUGUAUCGCAGACAGUAGGGAGAAUUAUUCGUGAGAUCUUGGAAGUGAAAGGGCUAAAAUCGCAACGUAUUCAGCGAUGCUUUCAGUCCUUGGUUGCGACGUUUAAAACAACCCUUGAUCGCAAGAAGGCUUCUGUGGAGGAUGAAGAAGAUUCAAACAAAUUGAACAUGAAAAGAAAUUAAUUUUUAAAUUUUUGAGAUGCCCAAACCGCGAUGUACUGCACCGUGAUGGGACUUUUGUAUUUAGAUAAACGUCAAAAACCGAGAAAUAAAAACACUUCAGCAGCCAAACUCACAACCUGAAGUUGGUCGCGAAAACUAAACGACCUUACGCAGUGAACUUAGGCAUAUCGCAAAGAACCAGUGGAAACUCAACGAGGUUGACACACGUGACUAGGAAUGUCCUGAUGUUGAAUAAAGAUGCGCAAAGUGAUAGUGAACAGAGCUGAAGGCCAUUAGGGCACCAAGGCGAAAGCGCCCCUUUGUAUUGGAUUAUUGACUAUAACGUAUUUUUUUUUCAACAGAGUGUAUCCCACAUACGAUUUUGCUUGCCCCAUUGUGGACAGUAUCGAGGGAGUCACUCACGCCCUGAGAACCACAGAGUACCAUGACCGUGAUCCACAGUAUUAUUGGUUUAUUGAGCAGUUGGGUAAGUAGUUCUGCCGUGAUUACACUCUGCAUGUGCUUAUGUCAAUUCAGUUACUUAUAUCGGAGGAUUUUAGAAUUUUCUGGACGUGUCUGCCCUCCACUUAGGGUUAUAAAUGAGUACAAGUCGAGGGUUUUAAAAACUUUUUCCAUAAGCCGCUGCCGAUAAUAUAAUCGGCGGUUUUGCCCGGAAAAGGGCCUAAAGGCGAAACCCAACACAAGAGCCUGCACGCAUGCUCGACUGACGGCGAUAAGAGGUCUUACAGUCAGCGGUAUACUGCCUGUAACCGGCUUUUAUCGAAACCCCUGUUGGUAAAUUAUCAGGGAAUGUGGACGAAAGAGUAAAGGGGGUAAUUUUCUAGAGAAAAUGUGGUGCUGCGUCGGUGGGAGAGUAUAACAGGGCAAUUUAAUAUUAUCAAUUCGGUUGGUAACAUAAAUAUGCCACCGUAAGGCGUUCAAAAGCUGACGUUUCAAGCGUUGGCCCUUCGUCAGAGCGAUGUUGACGAAAGGCAGGGUUAACGUGCGUUUGACUAGCCAACUGUUUUUUGGAAAUUGGCAUAAACUCCUGAGGCUAUGUGAUUCAGUUAAUUAAACAAAGGUCUUCUGACAAUUAUUUUUCUUUUUUACAGGCAUCCGAAAGCCAUAUAUUUAUGAAUUCAGCCGGCUCACGCUGCAAAACACUGUCAUGUCAAAAAGAAAGCUGACCUACCUCGUAGAUCAAGGAUAUGUCGAGGGAUGGUGAGUGUUACGUGCAGUUUAUUUCGUACCAUUUGCUGGUGUUGUGUUGUUUAUAUCAAUUUUUGUUUAUUUGGAUUUGUUUUUCCUUCUUCUUUUUUUUCUGAUUCCACCUCCUUUUUACAUGAAGGAAUUUCUUCUUCAAAAGGCCUUAAGUUAGGUAACUUGAAGUUUGUUUCUGAUUUCAUGACAUUCUCAGGGAAGAUCCAAGAUUUCCCACAGUUCGUGGCGUGCUCAGACGAGGAAUGACUGUGGAAGGGUUGAGAGAGUUUAUUGUGUUGCAGGUAAGAUAAGGAUUUUGCAAACAAAUGAGCAAGUUUGUAGACUAGUUCCUGAAAAAAAUUACGGAUAUCACCUAAAAUUGUAGAAUUGCUGAUAUGAUAGACUAGUGAAAAAAGAAAAAAACAUCGUGUUGGAUUGUUUGCAGUUUAAAACCCGUUCCUAAUAGAAUAAAUUUUAGUUGACGUUUUGCUGGUAAGAAUUGACGCACAUUAGGUUGCAUUACGUUAACACUUAAACCCCUAAGAGUGACUAGCAUCUUACUUCUCCAAACAUUAUUUUUUGAGUGGAGCUUCAAAGGUUAUGAGAAUAUAGGAAAUGACCACCUACUCAAGAAGCUUUAGAUUGUUAGACAAAUUCUCCUUGUCAUUACCAUAGGAAACCUGUAAGGAAUAGUAUGAAGAAUAUGUACGCUGAUGUUUGGCUGUAGAGUUUUGAUUGACGCUUACUUGCUUACAACCCUUUACUACGUGUGUUUAGAAUGGGGUUUGCUAAAUGAUUUGAGAUUUUUUUGUGCUAAAAAUCCUAGAAAUAAUUAAUUUUUUUUAGGUGAAUCGUAUAAGUGUGUGCUAUGCCUUAUUUUUCAAAAUGGGGCCGAAAAGCAAUGGCUUUCAUGGAACGCCUUCCACUGUAACAUCAAUUUAUUUUAUGUCCUUUUUAUUUCAGGGUUCAUCGAAAGCGAAUGUUCAUAUGGAGUGGGAUAAGAUCUGGGCUCUUAACAAAAAGGUUUGAAGGGAAAAAAAAACGAAUUCAAUUCCUCAAAAUCUUGUUUGUAACACAUUUUCUUCACCAAAUUUUCUUUGUCGAACGAAGGUGGAUUUUUAGGUUAAGUGAAGGGUGCGUCAGUUUUGUUGUAUGUUUUGAUUCUAAUGAAGUUCGCUCUUAUUUUUCUUCUCUCUUAGGUCAUCGAUCCCAUAGCACCAAGAUACACAGCUCUCUCAAAGAGCGAUGUUGUACCUGUGUAUAUCCCUGAGGCCCAAGAGGAGAUGAAAUUAUGCCCGUUGCAUCCUAAGGUACGUUGCAAUUAUCCAUGUGAUUUUUUUUCCUUCUACGAAACGUUUUAAGAGAAGGCUAUUCUGUUACCAUCCGACAUCGUGACUCUUUACUGAGUUUACGCAUUUCCUAGUGAUCGCUCUUGAUAAGAAUCCAACUCAAAUGUGUAGAGGUUGACUUUUUUUAAUUGUUUACGUCUACUUUUCAUUUACCACGGAACUGUUUGAUCAUGAAGAAAUUAACUGUCGGGCGUCGAAUGUAAUCAGAGAUUCCUUGCUUUACCUCGCACUAUGAUUGGCCCAUAAAAACUUGCACUCCACUAACUAAUCAAGUGCACAUAUGAAGCCAAUCAUGACUGCGUCAGUCGCGUUUUCCCGCGCUUUAGGCAGUCGUCGUGUUCUUUUCUUUUAGUUCUUAUUAGCUCUUGGAGAUAUCCACCUUUGUUCUGAUUGGUUCCCGUAAUCACUUGCACUCCGUUUUGGUUUUGCCAGAUUGACAUCAAAGUAACUAUUUUUGUCUCUGAACAGAACCCCAGCGUGGGUAGCAAAGAAGUCUGGUACGGGCCAAAAGUUUUCAUCGAGGGAGAGGAUGCUGCCGCGCUUUCUGAAGGGGAAAUGGUCACACUAAUGAACUGGGGCAACGCUAAGGUCACAAAGAUUAACAAGUAAGUGGUGUCACGUUCGGCUUACGUCGAAGCAACCAAUACACAGUUUUCCUUCGCGUGUAGCGAGGUACGUAGCCGUAGAAGUAAUUGUCUCGGCAAGCUAACAAGAGCAAAUUUGUCCUCAUGACCAUUUCCGUCAUUAAUUUGACCUCUUCCAGACAUUCAGUCAGUGAUGAGGGUUUUAACUCGUCCAGUUUUAUCGUGCCAUUUACUAUUUUGCUUCUUUUCAUUAACUGAACGCUUGGAACAAGCUACCGGUAGUUUCCUCGUCAAGACACCUGCAUUCUUCGUUUAUAGUUUGUUCUGUUUUAAACUUUCAGUCGUCAAGAGCUGGCUUGUGAGACUAGGUACUUGGAUAGUCCCGAUUUCCAACUCUUACUCGAAAAUCAUUCUGUUCUUAUAUUCUGGUGUCUUUUUUCCUCAGGAAUCCAUCUGGAGGAGUGAAAUCAGUCGAAGCAGAGUUGCAUCUCGAUAACAAGGUAUGGGAAAUCAUUGGAUCAACCUAAAACUUAAAUUGAUUAACACAUUUGAUUUUGAGCAAAUUUGUCAAUAUAAUUCCACAACUUAGACAACUAUUAGUUUACAUCGGGACCCAAUUUUUCAAAAUUCUAAUUUUUUUUAAUGUUAUUUUAUUUUUUCAGGAUUUUAAGAAGACGGCUAAACUAACAUGGAUCGCAGAGUCUGCCAAAGCACCGCUGCUUCCUACGAUCGCGGUCGAAUUCGAUGACGUCAUCUCCAAGCCUAUUCUCACAAAGAAUGAUGACUUCAAGAACUACAUCAACAAAGAUUCUAAGGUGGGAAACCUGAGCACUCGUGGAAAGCAACAGUUUUGUGCAACGAUUUUCACUUAAACUUACUGCUGCAGCGCAACAAACUGGACUGUUAAAACAUUAUGAGAAGUUUGGUACGAGACCCCCAGCAAACUUCUCCCUGACUUGUCUCAAAUCGUCCCUCUCUUUAAAUCAUUGUACCGUGUGGUGAAAAGUACCGCAUGAAAAAAAUUCUUAGUAGCUUUCAAUUGAAUGGUCGCAUGUGGUUUCACUCACAUACUCAGUAGCUUGAACUUCCUUGGAAUACCACAUUAAAAUACUAGUCACUAGUUUUUCUUGUAAAUGAUAACAUGAUUGUUUUGUCCACAAAAUUGAAAACGCGAUUCAGUUUUUGCAGCAUACGCGCGAAAAACAAUACCACAUUUAGAAAUUAAACUGUCUCAUGAAGAAACCCUUAUUUAGAUAAAUUCGAAACACAGGUGGUAGUGAUGUAUUAAUACAAGUUUUGAGAGCAACAGACGAAUCCCUCUUUAUGGAUUUUUUGUUUUUUGGUCUUUACAGCAUGAGACAGAAAUGUUUGGAGAUCCUGCAAUGGCUUCACUAAAGAAAGGAGACAUUAUCCAGCUUCAGCGGCGAGGCUAUUUCAUUUGUGACCAACCUUACGAGCCACCAAGGUAAUUGCUACCUAAAAAAAAAAAAAAAAAAAAAGAAACAUCGCUUUGAUCUCGUCUUUUUUUUUUUUUUUUAAAUUUUUAAUUUUUUUUAUCAUUAUUAUGAUGUAAUUUAGGCUUGGUUGAUACUAAGUCCGUGUUGUGGUUUCAUCAAUCUGAUGUGGCGGGCUCAAGGGUAGAUUCUCUGGUCAUAGCUUCGGAUGCUGCUCAAUACACUUUGCUGCUUUGCUUGCUUAGUUUCCCUCUCUUCCUUCCACUAUUAGGAGGUGGGCGGUGGCUCGAUGGCUACGGGGAACCCUUGAUGCUGAAGAAAUUGCUCCCCUCCUCUGUGAUUUUUGACAAAUUGUUUUGAUAACAAUACUUAAUGAUUUGACCCCGAAGAGAGACUAGCAUCUAAUUUCUCCCUCCAUUAUCAUCCCUGAAUCACACUUAAAGUCAGGAGAAUUAAGGAAAUGAUUACCAACCAAAGCUCUUGAUUGUUCAACAAAUUCUCCUUAUCGACACCCUGGGAAAUGCGUAGAGAACAGUGUAGAGAAUAUGCACACUGAUGUUAAGGUGUAAAGGCCGGUCCUAGAUUAUCAGCUAAAGAGCAUAGUUGUAAAACUUAAUGUGUGGCAAUAGUGUUCUGUUGAUGUGUUUGUUGCAGUCGUUACACAGGCCGUGAAAAUCCAUGCAUCUUGUUCUCUGUCCCUGAUGGUCACACCAAACCGUCGCCAACUGGAGGCGCCAAAGCUAAGGUAAUUCUAAGUAGGAAACUAGGGUUUAACCUGAAUUAAGGGAAAAAAAUCUAUCAUACUUCAGUGCACAGGCUUAAUACGUUUCCUGCGGGGCAAAACUGGAGAAAAAUUGUUCUCUUUUACACCUAGAGGUUUUUAUUGGUGUUGUCAAUCCCUUCACUCCCAUAGGAUGCUUGUCUCCAAGCGUCGAAACUAUUUCUAAAUUAGUUCGACGUAUGUGUAGUUUUUAUUCCUCAAUCAGGAACUUGUGGUGAGCCAAAAAGCGGUAAAAAUGUCGAGGGAAAUUUCCUGCAUAAAACAACCUAUCAGGUGCUUAAAAACUAAACUUAUUCGUGCGAUGGUGAAGAUUUUAGCGCAGUGAUUAUUCUAAUCCUGGUGGUGUUUCAUUAAGCGGAGGAAAGAGAUAACUGGAAAUACGUCAGCGUUUGUAAGCUAGUGCCUCAUUCACAGACUGUUUACUCUGUUUCCCUCUCAUUCAGCGUAAUUCAUAAUACCAGAUGAUUAGCAACCUCUUUCUUCGUGACUGUUUGAAAUCGAAUUCAAGUUAACGACUUGAUUUUUGUCGAAUAGCUCGUGUUUUCAUACUUGAUUUCGUUCUCAUGUCCAGCGAGCGGUAAACUGCAAAGACGCACUCUAAUAAUGUAAGAGGGGAAAAAAAAGAAUGUUUCCUUUAAAGAGAUCGGUUCACUUUUACCAAUUUAUUUGUUGGAUAAUUCAUCCGUGAAAUAUCGUGAACUGCCGCCUUUGGUAGAUUUCUAUCAGGCGUUUUUUGUAUGUCCAGUCUGUGGCAAAUUAGGACUGGGAUCGAGAUAUGUUUUGAGGUACACGUGGAUACAUUUCCUCGGGGUUUCGCACACUCAGACAAGGUAUUGGGAAAUAAUUCUACGAUAUUCAUCUAAGUAGAAUAAAUUUGGAUUAGUAUUGCACGUUGACAAGAUUUUAGGAAAUAUAUAUCAGGAAAUUAUUUUUCUCAAGAGGUAAGGAAUUUAGCUUCAUCUCUUACAAUCGAUCGUAUCGAAUGUUUCCAUUGUUUACAUGCCGUGAAAAUAUUGGUUUGUAAACAUGCAAAGUUUUUUGGGUUCGGUUGAGUGUUCUCUCGUUGCCAUGUAAAUAUGAGAACGUUUGAUCGGAUUUUUUUUCUCCUAUUAGCAAGCGAGAUGAGUCAUGUCUAUGUGCUUUUGUUUUGCGAGCUAGUGCUUAGAUAGAUGAUCGUGAAUGCUCGAAUUAAUUUAUUAACUUAGCUUCCGAUCGUUCUCUGCUGAUCGACUAAGUAAGGAUCUUUUAGUAUUUAGGAGCCAAAAGCUUUGAAAAGUUUAUGUUUUGGUGCGAAAGGAAGAGUUAUUUGGUUGUAUUAAUAACUAUGGAAAUCGCUAGUAUUUACAAUGAAGUUAGAGCAACAUGUCAUUUGAUUCACAUCUCAAAUUAUCUGUCGCUGCCGUUGCUAUACAACGCGAAAUUUUGAAUAAUCUAUUCUAUUUUUAAAGACCUAGGACUUUAUUGAUGAUUAUUUUUAAAAUAAAGUAAUGCAUAUUAACUUCUUGUUAUGCCACUUUGGCGAAUGUUAACUUGUUGUAAUUGAAGAUGGAAGUUUGAAAGAACAGAGAAUGUGUCAAAUUCUAAACAUUUCUUAUUGUCUGCAGUCUUGAAUGAUCUUUUGUUUUAUUGGCUUGAUAUAUUAAUGGCAAUAUAAUUUAUGGACAUACUGGCCUUGAAACCCAUUGUAGUCCAUGUAUUUAUGUCACUCGAAACACAAGGGAAUCAAUGCUGUUCCCCACAGUAGGGGAUGACAGUCCAUCGUAGAAAACCCCUCUUCCCUUCUCAGCAUUUUGCUAAGUUUACAGACAUUUUUCCAAUACCCUUUUUAACUCCUGAAUGGAGAGGGAGUAACUGUUAAAGUGAAUUGUUUUGCUCAAGAGCACAUCAAAGAGACCCCAACAGGACUUGCAGUAGGAACUUUCAGUCUGGUCUCUAUUUCCCUAAACACAAUGUCACCUUGUCUCUCUUAGAGAUAACAUCAUGUGUCUUCUUUGACUUAACAGGAGGCAGGAGGCCACAAGAAAAGUGAGAAGAAGAGUGACAGUAAAAAGAAAGACAAAGGGGAAAGCAUCAAACCAUCAGCUGCAAUGAAUGGAACAGACUCCCCAAAGCCUACUGCAUCUCCUGAACAAGUAGAAAAACUUAAAAGCGAAAUAACUGUACAAGGGGACAAAGUUCGCAAUCUCAAGUCUGGUGGAGCCCCCAAGGUACAGGCUGAUAUUUUCAACAUGCACCAGAUAUUUCAUUGUCUGGCUGAGAACUAAAAAAGGUCAUCAAUGGAUUGGCUUGCAAACAAAUUGCUGUUCAUGUUUGUAGUUUAGUAUUCUCUCAGAGCACAAUAGCAUUGUAUAUACAAUGAAUAUUCCUUAUGUUUAUGUUUUUAUGAGUUUCUCCAUGAAAUGUGAUUUUAUGACAAAAUGAUUUUAAUCAAUUUUGUUUAUUUUAUAUUUAUUUAUUUAUUACUGAAUAUUCAGGAGGAAGUCGAUGCAGCAGUUGCAGGGCUACUGAGGUUAAAAGGAGAGUAUAAAAAUCUUACAGGAGAAGAUGUUGCUGGUGGUGGGAGAGGAAAGAAAGAGAAAAAGAAAGAAAGUGGAAAAGAAAAUGCUAAAAAAGAUUCAAAACCUGUUAAUAAGCAGGAAAAAACAGUGACUGAGAAUGGUGAUGCAGACAGUGGAGCUAAGAAAAUCACUAGGUUUGUGAUGAGCCAAUUUUCACCCCAAGGGUUUAACUUAAAUAAAAAUGUUGUGAAUUUUUUGAAGGAAUAGAGUGCAUGAAAUUUUGUUUGUCAAAUUACAGGCUGGGUCUAGAGGCUAAGAAGGAAGAAAACCUGAGUGAUUGGUUUUCUCAGGUAAGAGAGUUUUGUACAAUCACCAAUCAUUACCUAAGGAAGAGCACAGCUAAACUUCUUUAAACUGCUUCUUAAGGGUGGUAUGUAUACAAGGUGCUUAAAAUCCUUGGCAAUUGGGAAUUUAAUUUUUUUUUUUCAAGUGUAUGUCUCUGAUUUGGUAGACAGAUGAAGACUAUUUUGGUCUGUUUUUUUAUCUCUGAUCAUGUGGAAUUGUCUGCAAUUACAUGGAAAAACUGGAAGGUUCAGUCUCUAUUUUCCCCACUUAUCAACUAAUUCUUGGUUAGUUGUCCAUUAAGGUGUACAUGUACAUGAAUGUGAAAAAUGUUGAAUGUGUUUGUUGAUCAUUUGAGGUGAUUUCUUGUUCUUAACUUCUUAGCACCAGUCCAGUCAGAUUCAGUUCCAGUACAAUGUGUGACACAGACAUCUGAGGGGAGGGGAGGGGUAGAAGGUUGGAGGAAACAUACUGUAAAAAUAAAAGUUGCAAAGCUUCAGAUGAUCAAACUUCUCACUCAGGGUCGGCUUUACUUGCAUGUGAGUUUUACAUUUAAUAGUUUUCCUGGAAGAGCAUUUUAAUGUUGUCAUUUUUAGGUCAUAACAAAGUCAGAAAUGAUUGAGUACUAUGAUGUCAGUGGCUGUUACAUUCUGAGGCCUUGGUCCUAUGCCAUAUGGGAGCGUAUAAGAGGUACUGCAUUAAGAAAGCAAGAGUUACUUUUUUACAGCAGACAGUAGAGAGAUUGAUUACAUGUACUUAGAUCUUGGUUUAGGUCACUUUGUCUUUUUUUUUUCCUGCAAUUGUAGCCAUUCUAACAGAAAGAUGCAAUUAUAAUCAUUAUUGUUCCUUUGAUUAGAAGUUUUCUCAAAACAGAUGCACUAAUUUGCACUUAUUCUUCUCAGAUUUUUUCGACAGUGAAAUAAAAAAGCUUGGGGUGGAGAAUGUGUAUUUUCCCAUGUUUGUGUCCCAGUCAGCUCUGGAGAAGGAGAAAACACACAUUGCAGACUUUGCACCAGAGGUACUUGAACAAAAUCUUCAAAAAAGUGUUUAAAAAUAAAGAUGGUGAAACAAACAGUCAGAUGGACAUACAGAAAGGAAAACACAGAGAGAUUAAAAAAGACAAAUGGACAUAUAGGGCCUGUUAUUUAAACAAAGUUUAGCAGUUGCUUAACAAAACUGAGUUCUUAGCCAUCUUCAAUUCAGCCAGUCUUAUCUGAACAUUUAUUUUUGUGACCAUUAUCAGGAGGGCUGAAAGCUGAACCCUUUCACUCCUAAGAUCUAAUUAGUAAUUCUCCCUACUAUCUGCCAUACUAUUCUUAUAAUGUUAGUUCAGAGAAUUUGGUAUUGGAUCAACUAAUAAUCCCAUAAUUGAUAUUCUUCUCUAUUCUCAUCACCUGCCUGCUUGACAUUGUAUUGAUAUUGUAAGGAGAAAUUCUGUCUUGGUCACUUGUGGGAGUGAAAGGGUUAAUUGUGGAAGGACAUUUAUUUCAUAAAAUCAACCCUCUCAAAGAAAAUCCCUGAUGCCCACUACUUGCGUGAAACCGCUGUUUGGGUUAGACCUUCAGUAAGACAUAAUCACAAAAGGACAAAGGGAUGGAGGGACAGAUAUCAAUAAUUUAAGGCUACAAGCAUUAUGAUGUUGGAAGGAAGUACUUUGAUUAAUUACUUGCUUAUAAACCUUUGGAGACAUCACAAUUCUAAGAUUUGUGUUGAGAACAGAAUAAAACUAAAGUACAAGAGAUUUAAAAGAGAGGGGUCUAGGCUUUUCUUAUUGCUGUGGAACUGAGAAUAGGAUACAUGUACUUACUGGUAUUUGUUGUUGUUGUUGUUGUUGUUGUUGUUGUUUUUUUUUUUUUUGCCCAAAUGCUGACUGCUGCUGUCAUCUAGGUUGCCUGGGUAACAAAGUCUGGCCAAUCAGAACUGGCAGAACCAAUUGCAAUCAGACCAACCAGUGAGACAGGUAACCUUGGAUUAAGUAUAGUGAUGUUAAAUGAUUAUUUCCAAUUGGUCAGCCAUGUAACCUUUGCACUGUCAGUCUCUACUUACAACAGUUAUGUUCUAUUUUUAAAGCAGCCUUUUUUUGUUUUCUUUAAAUAGUUAUGUAUCCAGCUUAUGCCAAGUGGAUCAAGUCACACAGAGAUCUGCCACUGAAACUUAAUCAAUGGAAUAAUGUUGUGGUUUGUAGGCAAACUUUUCUAGAAGUUAUUACUUUCUCUUCUCUGGCUAUUAUUUUAGUUGUGUUCUUCUAGUUUUGUUGUUAUUGUUGUUUUUGUUUACCUUCCCUAAUGAUUUGUUCUUGUAGAGAUGGGAGUUCAAACAUCCUCAGCCUUUCCUUAGAACUCGCGAGUUUCUCUGGCAAGAGGGACACUCUGCCUUUGCUACAUACGAUGAAGCUGUUGAAGAAGUAAGAAAAACAUUUAUAUCCACACCAUUUUUUAAACAAAAUUAUUCACACCUACUAUGUAGCUGUUAGUCCGAAGUGUCAGCCAACUCCUUUACCCAACCUCCCCUCGGGUUCCCAGGCCGCCCUCUAGGGGAUUAGGGUGAGGUCGUAAUGACACUUCGUUCCGACGUUUUAAGUUCCAACAUAGCGUAGCUAUUAUGUUUUAUUUAUUUCAUUAUCUUUUAGUGAAUGAUCUUUUUUUUGUGUGUAAUGGCAUGCGAUGUUAUCUGGAAAGUGACAAUGAAAGUUAAGAUAACUGUACCUUAGUUAUGAAAAGCUAUCCUUGGGUAGAAGGUUGUGACUGUUUGUGGUAUUUUUUAAAAAGAUUUUUCUGAUAAUUGGUAUUGAUCUCAUCUGUGUAAUUUUGAAAUACUGUUAAAUUAUCUUCGAUCUGUAGGUUAGUUCCAAUAAAGUCAGCUCUUCCCUGUAAGAGAACCGUUGUGCGAUGUUGCAUUUUAAAUUAAUCCCUUCGUGCUGUUGAUUUUCAUUCUUUUGCCCAGGUGUACACAAUUUUAGAUCUUUACCGUCAAGUUUACACCGAUCUCCUGGCCAUUCCAGUCAUCAAAGGAAAGAAAACCGAGAAGGAAAAAUUCGCAGGAGGUGACUUUACUACAACAGUAGAAAUUUACAUAUCAGCCAGUGGACGAGGAAUACAGGUUUGUUUUGCGUUGAUUCCAAGAUUGCCGUUUUAAGCAAUGAAAAAUCUACAUUAUGUUUUUAUCAUUUCGUCGUGUUGUCGUCUGAAAGUUUUUUGACUCUAACAGUCAGUAACAUCACGGCUAAAACUGACCAAUCGGUCGAAACGAACCCGACUUUCCUCUUGAGAUAAAAUAAUCGACCACUCUUCUUGUAAACUCUGAUGGUGACUUUUUCUCAACUUACCCAAACUUCGAUUUCUGUUAACAACAACUGUCUAUCUCAGGUAAUUUUAAGGUGCAAGAGUACUCUGCGCGACAAAGUUAACUAUUUUUGUUAAAUGGUGUUUCUUUUUGACCUAAAUUGAUUUAGGAUAUCUGAGGUUAAAUGGAAUUAUGGCCAGCAGUCUCAGGCCCUAAUUAUGAGUGGGACUUUCCAGGGCGCGUUUAUUUUUUGGGUUAUCUGUUUGGCGUCAAGUCACCUAUCUUCGAUUGUGUUGCGUGCCUCAUGCACCACUGACAGAUUUGAAAAUGUAGGUAAUUAACGAUGAUUUUACUCUUGCUGUAUUUCAGGGUGCGACGUCUCAUCAUUUAGGACAGAACUUCUCCAAAAUGUUCGACAUUGUAUUUGAGGAUCCAGAUCCAGCAAAACAGGUUCGUACUCAUCCUUGUUUGCUAUAAAUAGGAUCAUAGUCCAUCGCAAAGAUUUCCCUUCUUUCACUCUUCUUUCCCCCCCGCUCCCGUUCGAAAAAUUUGGGAAAGAAACGAGCUUUAUGAUGAGGAUUGAGGAGUUGUUAUUUUACUUGUUUAAUUGCCAUUUUUGUUAUCGUAAUGCCAGUUUCGAGUUGCCUUGGCAGCCAACAUGGCAGUAAACACUUAUUGGGAACAUAAAAGGGAAAUAAAUAAAAAUAAAAAAAAAAUAAAAAUAAAACACAAAUUGAGUUAAAGGUUGCAAUUGAAAGUAGACGGUUUAAUGUUUAGUGUCCAUUUACUUUUUGCAGGACAAAAGAUUCGUGUAUCAGAAUUCCUGGGGUCUCACUACUCGAACAGUUGGUGUCAUGACAAUGGUGCAUGGCGACAAUCAAGGACUUGUACUGCCUCCUCGUGUUGCGUCAAUUCAGGUAACUUUGCAAUCUCUCUAGCACUAUAGUGAUUGCAUUUGGAGUGAUUGUCGUAAAACCAAACCCAAAUAACCAUAACAGCCAACCAGAUGUAAGGAAAAUAUCGCAAGGAAUCAAUGAGAAUUCGAAGAAAGACAAGGAAACCGCCCCAGGCGCGGGUAAACGUCCGUGACCAAGUCCCGCUUGGUUUUAGUUUUGAAUCUGAUUGGUUGAGAAUUGAAAAACUACUCUCUACCAAAGUUUUUUGAAAUGAUUCUUCUGGUAAACUUUUGGAUGGUUUUUUGAAGCUAUGACCAAAAGCUAUGGAAAGAUGUUAAUUCAAAUCUCAUUUGUUACGAACGAGUAACAAAAAUCCUAGUCCUCAGAUCCAGAUAUCUCGCAUGGCGCUCUGUCGCAGGCAUGUUACACUCAACCUCAUUUUUGCAGGCCGUGAUUGUUCCCUGUGGUUUAACUGUCAACCUUCCCGAAGACGAGAAAACCAAGCUUUUAGACAAGUGUAAACAAUUAGAGCAGAGGCUCAAAGCCGCUGGAGUGAGAGCCAAAGGCGACUACAGGGAUAAUUAUUCUCCAGGAUGGAAAUUUAAUCAUUGGGAAUUGAAGGUAUGUGAAACCACAGUUAGUCCAAGCUCGAGCAAUAAGCCCGCGUUGAUUUCGAAAUAUGUCAAUCAUUUUUCUUUUCCAGGGUGUGCCUCUUCGUAUCGAAGUUGGACCUCGUGAUCUGAAGUCCGAACAGGCUGUCUUGGUACGGAGAGAUACUGGAGAAAAGGUGAGGGGAUUUUAGGGCUUUUCUCUCUUGCCAAGGUGAUAUGUUGUAGUUUCCAUAUCGUGAAGUAUAAUUUUACUCGCAGAGAAAUGCUUCGGUUAAUAGCAUCAAAAAAUAUAAACAAUUGUACGUUGAACAAAAGGAGCAUGAAAAAUCUCUUUUGCAGCUGCAGUAUCCUCAAUCCACAACGCAUAAAAGAAAAAAAACCUUUUUUUUUAUUUAUUUGUAACAUCUAGCGUGUUAUCAAGCAAGCUGGUAUUGAGAAAGAAAUUCCAGAAACUUUGGAGCGUGUUCAUUCCGACAUGUACCAGAGGUAACUGCUAUAUGUUAAUAUCAUGUUGGCUUCAAUUUUUAAUAUUCAUAGGAAAAUGAGAGAGAGCUAGACCUUGCUGUCUCUAGAACGUGCGUAGUUGCAAUCUUUCAGAAAAAUCGCGAGCGUUCGAAGAUCUACUUCGAUCAUUUAAUGAAGAGGCCACCUUAAAUAUGAUUGGCCGCAAAAGAUGGGAAGAGUGACAAAACUACUCUUGAUAUAGUAGGGUGGGAGAAGAAUCUAACUAUCCUUCCCCACCCGUAACCGCCAGUUUUGGCAAGGUCAUUUUGGAGAAGUUAACGUGCUGGCACUAACUUUUAUUUCAAUGUCAUUUUAUAACAGAGCUAAAGAAGACCUGGAUGCAAAUCUUGCUGUAGCUCACACCUGGACUGAGUUCAAUGCUAUGCUGGAUAAACAAAAGGUUUGUUUUCGCUCGAGAUAAACCCGAUACCCAAAAAAUAUCAGCCGGGGCUUAUGAGAUCUCAAAGGACUGACCACAAGCAGAGUGCCUGAACCGCGGGAAAACGCGGCUGACCAAGUCACACGUGAUUUUAGUUUUGUAUACGAUUGGUUUAAAGCGUGCUACGCCUUUUAGAAUGAUCGAGCUAAGUAAAGCUUUAAAAAUUGCUUUGCACGCUCGAGUUAACACUAAAACAAUGUAGCAAUGAACUUGCAAUGAAGACUCCAGCUGAAUUUUUCAAGUUGGUUAUUUUGUAAUUCGUGGAAAUGAUACCCUCAAUCCAUUGCCACCUUCUUCUACUUAAUGUUUUCUUUUUCUUCCGUUUUCCCCGCAUAUACCUAAACAGGUUUGUAAGCUUUUAUGACACAACUGUUCGGUUGAGUUAAAAUUACAUAUAUUGCGAUCUUUUCAGAUCAUCCAAGCGCCGUUCUGUGGCGACGGUUCUUGCGAGGGCAGAAUUAAGAAGGAGAGUGCAAGGUAGGAAGCCAGAGGCAUGACAAGAGAAUAAUACAUAUUGUCGUAAACAACCUGAUGCAAUGGAAGUGUAAUGAAUCUGCGUAAUUCACUAAGCGCGAGGUCAAGAUGGCCGGUUAUUAGUCUAUUGCUGUACAAUUUCCCAGAGAGAAAGAGGAAAAAAAAACCUUUUUUGCCUUUAGAAGAUUUCGACACGCUUCGAAUUUUUUAAGGCCGCUACAAUGAGAUGCCAUUUAGGACUCAGAACUCUUUUCGGUACCGUAGCUAAUGAGUGCGCUGGAUUCGUUUCAGUAGGCAUUCGGAACACAAAAUUUGCUUUAAUUUGCCUCACCGCUUAGCGCGCCAUCUGGUGAACAGCAAACUCUGUAAGGAACUUCCUUCCUAACACUCAUUUUUCAUGUACACUAGAAUGACACCCACCCUUUUGACAUAAAUGUUUUACUGCUUUGACUUUUACUUGUUCAACCUUCCACACAUCUCUAUAUUUAUUAUUUCAGGGACCAAGAUUUAGAGCCUGGUGCACCAUCAAUGGGGGCAAAGAGUUUGUGCAUUCCGUUCGACCAGCCCAUGGAGAUCACUGCUGACACAAAAUGCGUAUACCCUGGGUGCCCACAGGCGCCAAAAUGUUACACACUUUUCGGCAGGAGUUAUUAAGACCUCGCUCAGUCUUCCAAAGAAUUGUCUUUUUCUCCAAGAAACCUUAAAUUCUAAUGAUAAAUUUUUCCCCGAUGUCUUCGAGUCCUCUCAGGUGUAGAGUCAAAUGAGUGGUGCAGUUUUCAUGCACAGGUUUCUGGGAUGCUUGAAGCUCCUAGUUUUACUAGAAUCGAAACCAGUCUUAGCAAUUUUCAUCAGUUUCGUAGCGAGUCUAUCUAAGUCCAGGGAAAGUAAGUAACUUUUGGCACCGUGCGUCAAACAACGUAUCUUAGGCGGGAAAUUAGAAUCUUCAUCAAAGGAAAAGUAAAUUAAGUGAAGAAAGAGAUAUGAGAAACAUGCAACCAAGGGAAGCUUUGUAAGCUCGUGAGAAGAGAUACUUGGUUUGUCUGCAUCCUGAUUUACGCUAGUUGUUAGAUAGCUCUAGCUGGUUAUUUCAAGCAUCUAGUACAUGUACUGUCUCUCCAUAUGGAGAUCUUAACCCUUGGAGCGUAGAUUGUGACAGAGUUAAUAACUGCGAAAUGACACUGAAGCCACAGGCGAUAAUAAAGAUUUCAGAGUACAAACGAUAC